AUGACCGGGCUGUUUGCACUGCUGGCGGCGCAGAACUUCACUUGCCCGGGCACGACAAGUAACGACGCAACGGCACAGCAGCUACCCAGUGUCUCGACACCGAAACCGGGCCAAGCCGCCAUCCGCACUUCUUCAGCACGUGGAAAGUGCAACUGUGGCGCCUCCGUCGCUGAGGCGCGCAGCAUGGGCUGCCAAUAUGACACCCUCGCCGCCGCCUGGCUCCCGCAACGAUGCAUCGACCAGCAGCUCACAAACGAGUUCGACCACUCUGGCGACGGUCCGGGCGGCCAGUGGAGGUACUGGUACGACGUAAACCUGACGAAGCCGCUGAGCUUGGAAGACCUGGCCGAGCAAGCGGACAACAGGACCUUUCAGUUUUACUCGACUUCGGAGUGGCAUACGCGGCAUUGUCUGUUUUACUGGCGGAAACUGCUUCGCGCGCGGUUCACGGGCGUCUUGGUCGAGGCCCGGUAUGACACCGAGGCACACAUUGUUCAUUGCGGCUCGAUUUUCAGCAGGCACGAUGACUUUGUGGUGUCGGCUGCCGUCAUGUUGAACUCGGAUGGCGACCAUUAG